AGGAGGAGGUCAUCAGAAAUCGAGGAUUGAGCACGAGCUCAGAAGCGAGAGAGUCCAUCGCCUGAUUGAUUGAUUGAUUGAUUCAUGCAGUGAUUGAUUGAUUGGGUCAGUGAGUGAGUGAGCGAGCCCUCUGGCGGUAGCAGUAGAGAGAGAGAGGAGACGGGAAGGGAUUUUAUUUUUUUCGCUCCUCCCGUGGAAGGAUUUUCAGGUGGGUGGGUUGCUGGGGAUCGGGCCUAUCAGUCAAUAAGUCAGCCAGAGUCCAGAGAGGGGUCGAUACAGUUGCCCCGACGAGUGCACUCAUUGUGGGGUGGAAGCCCGGGGCUUGGGCCUCAUUAGACAUUCAGCGCUCUGUCAUUCACCGCCUACUAGCUCGCCUCGGCCCGCACAUGGUCGUCGCAGAAAUCAGGUGAAAGUGGUAAGAAGGGAAGGGAGGGCGAGCGAGCGAGCGAGCGAGGCCUUGUGUCUGACUGCCUGCGGGACGCAUUCGUUGCAAAGCAGGCUGGCCUGCGGGAGCUCGAGGUGUAUGAAGUAGGUGGUAGCUGGGGCUCGAAGAGUCGAGGCGCCAGAAUUUCGGGGCGGGGAAUGAGCGAAAGCAAUUCUCUGCAUCGCAUCUCACACCCGCUCAGUGCUGCGAGACGGCGAGGCCGCAAGCCCAAAGCCUAAAUGAUUCCCGACGAGCGCUUGAGCCGAUCCAGUUUCGCUGCGAGCUGCACGUCCGCCUGGCCUUCAUUCUCCAAGCACGACCAGAGGCCGGUCAAAUUGAUCGACGAUUUCGCCCGAGCAAGGAAUUCGUCCGCCGCCGCCGCCGCUGCUGAGCCAAUUCCCCGCCCCGGCGCACUGAAGGGAAUGCCUGCAAGCCUGUCUCGCCAGAUUGCCUCCCCGUUCCACCACCUCCAGGACCACCACCACCACUCCGCAGCCUCGACGACGACCGCAUCCUCGUCCUCGUCCUCGUCCUCCCUCGCGCGCAACGUCACCACCAAUUUCGUGCCCAAAAUUGCCGUCGUCGCCGCUCCUGCUGCUGCUGCCCAAUCCCCGUCGCCCCCGACCCACACCCCGGCCUCGUCGCUGCCCUCGUCGCCCUCGCUCUCUCUGCCGCGCACGCCCUCGCAGUCGCCCCUGUCGCCCUCGUCCCUGCACCCGAGCUUCACCACGCAAUCGCUGCUCGCCCAUUUAGAGUUGGAUUUGACGGACGAGCCACAUUCUGCGCACAGCUCCUUCUCGGCCGACCGCAGCGCGCAAUUUUUCCGCAAGGAGCCUCAGCUCAUCGACUUCAGCUCGCAAAUUGCGCCCUCGGACGAGUGCGACUUCCAUCCGCAGGCCCAGAUUGUGCAGCAGCAGCAGCAGCAGCAGCAGGCCGGGGUUUUAUCGGACAAAAGCCUGUACCAGGAAAUCAGCUUGUUCAAGGACAUUCUCGGGACCAUCGAUUGCGAGCCGGGCUCGCGCGAGGCGGCAGCGGGGAAUUGGCUGGGAUUGAACACGGCGUCUGAGCGGCAGCAGGGAUUGCUCAACACCAAGGCGCGGCUGAUCAGACUGCUGCAGCAGAGGAAAGGUGGCCAGGUGCAGGGAGCAUUGUGCAAAUUGGAGAUGGCAGAGCAGCAGCAGCCCGGAGGCGCAGGUGGGACGGCAGGAUCGCAGGGCGACACCAGCGCGCACGACGAGAUGGAGAAGAUUUUGCAGGAAUGUCGAGAAGACCAGGAAUCGCGCCCGCCAUUCUCCGGCAGCCCGUCGCCCUUCAACGAUCUGUACAACCUUCAGGACUCGUCCUUGUUUCCAUUGUUCACCUCGUCCAGCAGCAGCGCCUCGUCCGCGCAGUACCAGUCGCGCUCGUCCGACGCCCUCUUCUCCGAUGCCUUCGGCGGAUGGAUCGGCGACAGCACGCCCGUGGGCGAGCAGCAGCAGCAGCAGCAGCAGCAGCAAGGCCAGCAGCCUGCGAGCUACGACCCGCAAAUGCCCUCGAGCAUGAGCUCCAAGGAGCAGCAAAUUUAUGGCACCUUCGCGUCCAAUUCCGCCUCGUUCCAGCAGUUCUCUCGGUACGCCGAAUCGGACAAGCUGGCGCAGGUGCAGGAGCUCGAGCAGACGCUCGGAUUGUCGCACGACGAUCGACCGCCGACGCCUCCCGACGCCUCGACCGCGCGCUUCGCCAGCGCUGCGUCGGCCUCGUCCACGGGCGCAGCCGUGCCCAGAUCCUCGAGCGACCUCGCGGCCGCCGGCGCUUCGGGCGCUUCGAGCAUGGUGGCCAGCACCCCGAAUUCCUCCAUGUCCUCGUCGUCCAGCGACGGCGCCGAGGAUGACACCACCACCCAGCCGACGGGGCCCGGCGCCACCACCGUCAGCAGCAAGCGCAAGACUCCCGAGCGCGACGAGAGCGAGGAAAAAUCCCCCGCCCAUGCCACUGGCGCCACCACCAGCAGUGGCGGCGACAGCCGCAAAGCGCAGCAGCCGGCGAAGGUGCCGCGGAAGAAGGGGCCGAAGAGCUCGAGGGUGCGCGAACCGCGCUUCGCCAUUCAAACGCGGAGCGAUGUAGAAAUCAUGGACGACAGCUACCGCUGGAGAAAGUACGGCCAGAAGGCUGUCAAGAACAGUCCCUAUCCGAGAAGCUACUAUCGGUGCACGAACCUCAAGUGCCCGGUGAGGAAGCGCGUGGAGAGGUCGUCGGAGGAUCCGGGGCUAGUGAUUACCACGUACGAGGGGACGCACAACCAUGUGAGCCCGGCGACGCGGCCGUCGCCCUCAGACGCUUCUUACCACCCGGACCGGGGGGUGCCGGGGGCGCAGUUCCCCGGCUCAGCAGCCCCGUACUCCUUCGGGCAGCACCACCAGCCGCCACCGGUGUACCCGGCUCCGCGGAGCAACUUCGACCUGGCCAUGCAAAUUCGCGGCGCGGGCGGGGACAUGCAGCAGCACAGAUUCCCGCAGGCGCGGCAGGCCGGCCCCGAUUCGUUGCGAGGCCAUGGCAAUGCGCUCACUAGUCUGAGUAGAUCGAACCAGGUGCCCGAGCUGGGGAUGCAAAUGGGCGGAGCCGACCUCCUUGCCAGGAUACAAAAUCAGCAGGCGCAAAUGCGCCUUCAGGAUCAGGUGAACAGAUUGGUCAACGUUUCGGGCCUCGAGUCGCACAAUCGUGGCGCGCCCGAUCACAUUCACACUCUCCAGAAUUUGCAGCAGCAGCUCAAUCAGCAGCAGCAGCAGCACCUUCAGAGUCAGCAAUUUCAGAACCAACUCCAGCAGCAGCAGCAACAGCAGCAACAACAACAGCAGCAGCAACAGCAGCAGAAUCCUAGGGGUUCCUCGGAUCAAGCCACGGACGAGGGCUUACUCGAGGACAUUCUCCGACCCGGAAUCAUCCGCAAACCGUGAUCGCACUCGAUCGAGCGACCGAGCAUCGAUACAGGAACUCGGAUUAGGAUGGACGGAGAUCAAGCUCAAGCACAUGCAGCAGAGUCGGAAUCAAAUUCCGCCGGAGAAAUAGAAACCCCCAUUCAGCGUAACUUGACCAUCAUCAGACCAGACCAGACCAGAUCAGAUCAAAUCAGCAGCAGCCGCAGCAACAGCAGCACCCUCACUUGACCAUCAUCACCACCAGCAUCAAUCACAUCAUCAUCAGCAUACACAGCAGCAGCAACAACAACAGCAGCUUACAUCUCCCUUACAAAGGGAUCCGAGCGAUUACAGCCCCUUGUCCCGGUUGUUUAUAUUGUAGAGAUCAUCCUGACCACCAUUUGUCAGCAAAAUCCUCUCUCAACUCUCACUGCCCCUGGAGAGCACACACAGUCAGUCUCCAGCUAUUAAAUUUUGCAAAUGAGUAAUAAGUUAAGUUAGCAAUGAACGCACACCGUCGCCGCUCACCCACACCCGGGCCCCGUUUUACCUUACAUAGCUAUUUAUAGCGGCCCUUGGCAAAGCAACCCCCGCCCCCAUCCACGCCCACAUCCACCCUGUCUAUUUAUUUUCCGAUUCAGUGUGUACCGUCGCCCGCCCGCCCUCAGCACCCUCUGCUAAAGUCUUAGAAGGAAGGAGGAGGAGGAGCAGUGAGAUCGAGAUGAAGUAGUUGUCCAUCCAUGAGCAGCAGCAGCAGCAGCAGCGCCAUCACCAUCCUUUGUACACAAUCUUAUAAAGUUAUCUACAUUAGCUAGCUAGCUUCACAUCCACAGUGAGGGAGAUAAGUAGAUUAAGGGAGCAAUGACUGCUUCCGUUUCCAAUGCUUACGCGACAAGACUAGUGGACUUGUCUGCUGCCCCACUCUCACAAGCAGGGGCGUCCACUUUUAACUUUAAAAUCAGUUUCAAAUGUCCC